GUGCCGGGGCCGGUCUCUCUGUGCCGGGGUCGGUCUCUCUGUGCCGGGUCGGUCUCUCUGUGCCGGGUCGGUCUCUCUGUGCCGGGUCGGGUCUCUCUGUGCCGGGUCGGUCUCUCUGUGCCGGGGCCGGUCUCUCUGUGCCGGGGCGGUGUCCGAGCUGCGCUCAAGGCCGCAUGGCGAAGCGGCCGUAGCUUUAAGGGGGCCUGCCGCUGCCAGGUCUAACCGUAGACUCAGCACCGGCAUUCCCAGAGUUCGAGCUCUCUGGCGCUUAAGCAGUGGCAGACCUGAUUAGUUGUAUAUCAGCUAACGCAAUCGGUGCCAGAUCACCAGGUGACUUCAUAGGGACUUCACAGCCACAGGGUGUCCUCGCUGCAGUGCAGUGUGCGCCGUGCUGUGCACGGAUCUUGUGUUCUGUGACCGAGGGGACAUGUAAGGGCUGAGUCCAUUCAGUGUUUUCCGCAAUCUGCCCUCAGCCUUUAACAAAUCUUCACAAGCACGGACAUCUUCCACAUUUACCGUAGUGUACAGCAUGGUUAAGCACAGCCUCUUGGCGCUGAAAGUGCUGAGCUUCUUCACCAGGGCGCCGCUGCUUCAGAGAUGUUUUCAUUUCUUAAAAAAAAACAAUCUCCUUUUUACUUAAAUUUACUUGGAUUGUUUUCUCAUUAUUUCCUGACUUAAUUUAACUGGACUUGUUUCCCCUUAAAUUACUUUUUUGGCACGGUUUUAUGGAAGUUAGUGGGCUAAAAAAUGCAGAAAUACCUACCAUAGAUCAAAAUAUGCUUAGAAAAUCAUGUACAUAAAUGUGUAGAGGCAUGAAUAUAAAUAAUUCAUUGAUACAAGAGGGAUGGAUUUUUUUUUCUUCAGCUGUUACAUUUGCAGGAUAGUUCAUCAAUUAAUUUAAUAUUGUUUUUAUUCUGUACUUAAUAGACCAAAUUAAAAACCAGCAUUCACAGUGUAUUUUGUGUGUGUAGCCACUUGUGUGAGGUAUCCUUGGGAUGACCCAGGAUUUUUCCAGAGCUGCAGCUGAAGGGUGUGAGGUCCCAGGUUGGCUGGAUAUGGACAUGGACAUGGGCAGGGACUGUGGCAGAGGGAACAGUACCAAUCACUGCGCUGGUUGCAGUUCAAACCUUUCCAGAAAUUACUUUGUCAAGCAGACGGUGUGGGAUUCCUUCUGUAUCACUGCUCUCGACCUGGCGGUCUAAUACUCGGUGGUAUGGCUGGAGCUCAGGCUUUCUGCAGAAACCACUGAGUCCCAGUGUGCUGACAGUCCCUGUGUGCAGUGAGUCCCUGUGUGCUGUCAGUCCCUUUGUACAGUCAGUCUCUGUGUGCAGUGAAUCCCUGUGUGCAGUGAGUCCCUUUGUACAGUCAGUCCUUGUGUGCAGUGAGUCCCUGUGUGCUGUCAGUCCCUGUGUGCAGUGAGUCCCUGUGUGCACUGCUGUCAGUCCCUUUGUACAGUCAGUCUCUGUGUGCAGUGAAUCCCUGUGUGCAGUGAGUCCCUUUGUACAAUCAGUCCUUGUGUGCAGUGAGUCCCUGUGUGCUGUCAGUCCCUGUGUGCAGUGCUGUCAGUCCCUGUGUGCUGUCAGUCCCUGUGUGCCGGGUUUCCCUGUGUGCAGUGCUGUCAGUCCCUGUGUGCAGUGCUGUCAGUCCCUGUGUGCUGUCAGUCCCUGUGUGCAGUGAGUCCCUGUGUGCAGUGCUGUCAGUCCCUGUGUGCAGUGAGUCCCUGUGUGCAGUCAGUCCCUGUGUGCAGUGAGUCCCUGUGUGCAGUGAGUCCCUGUGUGCUGUCAGUCCCUGUGUGCUGUCAGUCCCUGUGUGCAGUGCUGUCAGUCCCUGUGUGCUGUCAGUCCCUGUGUGCAGUGCUGUCAGUCCCUGUGUGCUGUCAGUCCCUGUGUGCCGGGUUUCCCUGUGUGCCGUGUUUCCCCGUGCGCUGCCGGCGCCGCUCGCUGCCGAGCGCAGGUCACGGGUCCAUCCGCCCCAGCCCCGCCGCGCCGCCGCAGCCCCACUGCAGACGCGCCGCGUCCCCGCCGGAGAAGGAGCGAGGCCGUUCCCUGCGCAUCCUGCAGCAGCAUGACUCUUCAGGCUGACUUUGAUGGUGCUGCAGAAGAUGUAAAAAAAUUAAAAACAAGACCAACUGAUGAAGAACUGAAGGAACUAUAUGGAUUCUACAAACAGGCUACUGUUGGAGAUAUUAAUAUUGAAUGUCCAGGAAUGCUAGAUUUGAAAGGCAAAGCCAAAUGGGAGGCAUGGAACCUGAAAAAAGGUUUAUCAAAGGAGGAUGCCAUGAAUGCCUAUAUCUCUAAAGCAAGAGCAAUGGUAGAAAAAUAUGGAAUCUAGAAUAUUCAAAAUAAUUCCCACUAAUAAUUAACUACUCUUCAGUAGCUGAUGAACUAACUUGAGAAAAAUGCAGUACUAACUCCUUUUUGUGUAGUCUGACACUAAUAUCUUUUAAGCAUCAGCUGUUUGACUUUAAAGGGUAUUUACAUAUAUAAUCGAUUUUUAGCUUGUAUAUUAAUCUAAAUAAAUUUGAACUGAAUAAAUUA